ACAUGCCAAAACAUCGGAACUUUGAGCUCCGGUAAGAACAAGACCAACAGCAACAACCAUCAUCAGCAUCAGCAUAAACAUGGCAGCGCCGGUGAGGCUGGUCUGUUUGUCUCUCCCUGCCAGGCAACUGUGCUUCCAUCCCACAGCUGGGCUAAGAGGCUUGGCGGUGGCGGCCGUGAGUGUUCGCAAGCCGAGCGAUGGACAACAGCACCCGGCCCUGUGUGGCGCCUCCUCCCCGCUGGUCCAGGCCAUCAGGCACACCAGCUUCUUCAACAGAUUGACGGCUGAGCAGCUGUGGAAGGGUGUGACCAGUGUGAGCAAUGCAGGCAAGAAGCAGGGCCGAGGGAAGGGAGUGGGCAAGAAGAUAGCCAAGGAUCUAAACCGUGGCCAAGUCAUCGGCAUUGGGAGGGAGAACAUGGUGUGGCCCGGCCUGAAUGCACCCAUCCUGCGAGGCCGAGAGUUGAUCCAACAGCAUCAACUUCCGAAGGAUGAGGAGAGGGAGGCUAAGUUGAUCAAGAUUCGAGACUCUCAGGGGAAGUUUCGUAUGCUCAAGCUUGACCCGCUGGAGAGAGGCUGGAGUGGUACCAAGAUGCCAGGACGGAGCAUUGGAGCACCGAACGCUAUUGGUGAAGACAGCUUUGAGGGUUUCGACACCAAGGUGCUGGAGCUCAAGGUGGUGACAUGCAUGACUGCGGUGUUUGGCAGGAAGAGGCGCAUGAGCAUCUUCGCAGUCACCGGUAAUGGCAACGGGCUGGCGGGGUUUGCACUGAGCAAGGCAACCACAGUGCAGGAUGCCAUUCGAAAAGUGAAGAACAGGGCAGGACAGAAGCUUCUUCAUAUACAGCGCUACAAUGACCACACUGUUCUUCACGACUUCUUUACUCAGUACGGUGCCACCAAGAUCUACGUGAAGAAGAUGCCAGAGGGGUAUGGGCUGGUGUGCCACAGGGCCAUCCGCACCAUCUGUGAAGUGGUGGGCAUCAAGGACCUGCACGCCAAGGUGGAGGGGAUAUGCAAUGUGCAGAACAUGACCAAGGCCUUCUUCCUGGGCCUCAUUAAUCAGAAGACACACCAGCAGCUGGCUAAUGAGAAGAAGCUACAUUUGGUGGAGUUCCGAAAGGAGCAGCUGAAUUUCCCAAAAGUGGUGGCAUCCCCUGAAGACAGUGUAGUGCGGACCAGGGCAGAAAUACCACAGGAGGAGGAGUUGGACCUUACCAGGUACCUGAUGGGGGGCCGUGUACAGCUACAACGCAAGAAGUACCCUCCACCUUACACUAAGUUGUACAGCUAUGAACUGUACCUCAAGAGCCUUGCCGUGCGACGCAAUAAGGAGAAGGUGAAGCUUGAUAUGUUGGUACAUGAAGGGGAGGUGAAGAGUUUCUACACUGACAAGUACCCAGAAUGUCGACCAAUGCAACCUAAAAGUCUGCGGCAAGAACAGCAUCAGGAGGUGGAUGCAUAGAUGAGGAGGAACCAGGAAGAGCUUGGUUAGAAGAGGCAGGGGUUUGGAUGGGGUGAAAAAGAGGGAAGAAAGAAAAGAGAUGUGAAGGUUAGAAGAGGUGUAGUUUGGGUGGGUUGAGGAGGGAAGCAAGGACGAAGAGGGUAAAGGAAAAGAAAGAUGUGAAGGUAGUGGUGAAUAUGAGAGAGAGAGAGUAAGAGAUUAGAAAAAUGUCAAGUCAUGAAGAAUAUUUCAGGAUAGAUUACUAAUGAUUCUCUCUCUCUCUCUCUCUCUCUCUCUCUCUCUCUCUCUCUCUCUCUCUCUCUCUCUCUCUCUCUCUCUCUCUCUCUCUCUCUCUCUCUCUCUCUCUCUCUCUCUCUCUCUCUCUCUCUCUCUCUCUCUCAGCAAGGAUUAAAUAUGUAUCUUAUCAUUGGCUGGCUGCUUGUCACUAUCAGCGCCACUUAUGAAUCAUGGCACUUAUCCGGGACGCAGCGAUGGCAUUCACGGCACAUGGGGGGGAUGGGGGGGGGUGAGGCAGGCUUGUGAACUGAGUAGGAAUGUGAUGGAAAGAUGGGUAAAAAAAAAAUAAUAAUAAUCCUGCUUGUGUAUUGAGAUUGUUUGUGGUACAGUUUGUUAAUAAUUGUAUAGUUUAUGAUAAGAUUGUAUAGUUGGUAAUAAAGUGCCGGAUAUGUAGGUAUGGAUGACGAAUUUUUUUUUUUUAUCUUUAUUUUAUUUAUUUAUUUUUAUUUAUUUUUUUUUUAUGAAGAAUAUAUAGGGAUACUACAUAUAAACACGUCUAUAACACUGUCGCUAUAGUUAGUAUAAUACUGGCAAUCAGCUUUGGCUUUCCUCUCCCUUCACUGACCAUCCUGGUGAACUAGCCUACAACUUUGCUAUCCUCCAUGACCUAGAGCAAUUGGUGCAACACCCUACUCGUAUUCCUGACCGUCUUGGAGAUACGCCCAACAUUCUUGACCUUUUCCUGACCUCUAAUCCUUCUGCUUAUACUGUCACACUUUCUUCUCCGUUGGGCUCCUCCGAUCACAAUCUCAUAUCUUUAUCUUGUCCUAUCGCUCCAAUCCCUCCUCAGGAUCCCCCUAAGCGAAGGUGCCUCUGGCGUUUUGCCUCUGCUAGUUGGGGGGGACCUGAGGAGGUAUUUUGCUGAUUUUCCUUGGAAUGACUACUGCUUCCGUGUCAGAGACCCGUCUUUGUGUGCUGAGCGCAUAACAGAGGUGAUAGUGUCUGGCAUGGAGACGUACAUUCCUCACUCUUUUUCUCGUCCUAAACCUUCUAAACCUUGGUUUAACACAGCUUGUUCUCGUGCUAUACAUGAUAGAGAGGUGGCCCACAAAAGGUACUUAAGCCUUCCAUCACCAGAAUUUCAUGCACUUUAUAUUUCUGCCUGGAACCAUGCCAAGUCUGUUCUCCAACUAGCCAAAAACUCCUUCAUUAACAGAAAAUGUCAAAACCUUUCAAGAUCUAACUCCCCUCGUGAUUUCUGGCAUCUAGCCAAAAAUAUCUCCAAUAACUUUGCUUCUUCUUUCCCUUCUCUAUUUCAGCCAGAUGGCACCACUGCUAUCACAUCUAUUUCCAAAGCUGAACUCUUCGCUCAAACCCUUGCUAAAAACUCUACCUUGGACGAUUAUGGGCUUGUUCCUCCCUCUCCUCCACCCUCUGACUACUUCAUGCCACGUAUUAAAAUUCUUCGCAAUGAUGUUUUCCAUGCCUUCGCUGGCCUAAACCCUCGGAAGGCUUAUGGUCCUGAUGGGAUCCCUCCUAUUGUUCUCCGAAACUGUGCCUCCGUGCUUGCACCUUGCCUAGUCAAACUCUUUCCGCUCUGUCUGUCAACAUCUACCUUUCCUUCUUGCUGGAAGUUUGCCUACAUUCAACCUGUUCCUAAAAAGGGUGACCGUUCUAAUCCCUCAAACUACCGUCCUACUGCUUCAAUUUCCUGCUUAUCUAAAGUUUUUGAAUCUAUCCUCAACAGGAAGAUUCUUAAACAUUAUCACUUCACAACCUUCUAUUAAAUUUUGAUCGCCAGUAUGGGUUCCGUCAAGGCCGCUCUACUGGUGAUCUUCUGGCUUUCCUUAUUGAGUCUUGGUCAUCCUCUUUUAGAGAUUUUGGUGAAACUUUUGCUGUUGCCUUGGACAUAUCAAAAGCUGGCACAAAGCUUUGAUUUCCAAACUACCCUCCUACGGUUUCUAUCCUUCUCUCUGUAACUUCAUCUCAAGUUUCCUUUCUGACCGUUCUAUUGCUGCUGUGGUAGACGGUCACUGUUCUUCUAAAUCUAUUAACAGUGGUGUUCCUCAGGGUUCUGUCCUGUUACCCACUAUCUUCUUAUUAUUCAUUAAUGAUCUUCUAAACCAAACUUCUUGUCCUAUCCACUCCUACGCUGAUGAUACCACCCUGCACUUUUCCACGUCUUUUCAUAGACAUCCAACUGACUGUCUUCAGCCUCUCUCUCACCGCCGCAAUGUUGCAUAUCUAGCUGUCUUCUACCGCUAUUUUCAUGCUAAUUGCUCUUCUGAUCUUGAUAACUGCAUGCCUCCCCUCCUUCCGCGGCCUCGCUGCACAAGACUUCCUUCUUUCUCUCACCCUUAUUCUGUCCACUUCUCUAACGCAAGAGUUAACCAGUAUUCUCAAUCAUUCAUCCCUUUCUCUGGUAAACUCUUGAACUCCCUGCCUGCUUCUGUAUUUCCACCUUCCUAUGACUUGAAUUCCCUCAAGAGGGAGGUUUCAAGACAGUUAUUCAUCAAUUUUUGACCACUGCUUUGACCCUUUUAUGGGACUGGCAUUUCAGUAGGCAUAUUUUUUUUAUUGGAUUUUUGUUUCCCUUGGCCAGUGUCCUUCCUACAUAAAAAAAAAAAAAAAAAUCAUUGAAUGUUAUAUGAAAUCUACACGAGAUUGGAAGUUGCAAUCUCUUUAUCAGUUUUUUUUUUCGAAGUAUUGGUUUAAAGAUAGCCAAGUUCAAAUGGUAUAGAUAGAUUACUAGGUGGACAUGUAGUAAUGUUAUAUUGAUCAACCUAUAUAGCUAAUAUGUCUGCUACCAAGAUUUAACACUACAUGAUGUCAUUAUUAUCUCUAUCAGUGCAUUUAUCAUUGCAGUAAACAGCACAAAAGCCCAACAGAUAUAAGCUUGUCAACAUGAGCUAAUUUAUUGAUUAAAUUGCAUAUACUGGAAUCGCUAAUAGCAACAGAACAAUAAAAAAAAAAAAUAA